AUGAGCGUAAAACUAUAUCAUUUGACAUCAUUACAAAUAAGAUCAAACGUGUUUGUAUUAUCAAUAUCGGACAAGUCUUAUACAAUUGAAUCUACUCAAGUAAAAAAAUCAAACGAUUAUAUUAAAGAGCAAAAUCAACAGCCUGAUGUACUAUAUCCCCAUGAUGCCGAACAAGUAUUGAAAGAAUUAGAUCCAAAUAUCAUCGUACGAACUAUUUAUUUAACUCCGAAUGUUCGUCAAAGUAUAGGAAUAAUUCGACGAUUAAAACAUGACGUCGAUAUAUUUAUAAAUCUCUAUAGUAAUGUCGAUGAGACAGCAAAUAAAAUUAUUGAAUAUAUGCAAAAUGAAGGUAUCGCAUUUACUGGUGCCAGCUUUCCUUUUAAUGAUCCAACACGAAUAGAAUUAAAGCGAUUGUGUCGUUACAAUCAAUUACCAACACCUAAAUUUGCACUUAUCAUCGAUUUAGACAAAUAUAAUGAUGACACUUUAAAUCAAGUUGUAGAUAAAUUAGAUGGUUUUCCACUAUUUGUUAAACCAGAACAUGGAUAUGACAGCGUUGGAAUCAAUGAAAAAUCCUUGGUUCGUAAUGUGACUGAUAUGAAACAACGUUGUUCACCAGUUAUUGAUGAAUUCGGUGGUGCUCUAAUUGAACAAUACAUUGAAGGACGAGAGUUUACUGUUUUAGUUAUUGGAACUAAACACAUGUAUCAAGCAUUCAAUGGAGAUGGUUAUGCUAGAAUGGAUAUCCGACAAGAUCAACGAACAAAACAACUCUUUAUAUUAGAUUGUAAUCCAAAUUGUAGUAUUUUCUAUAGAGAUUCAUGUUCAGCUGAUUUUAUUUGUCAAGUCAAUAGUUGGUCAAAGAGUCGAUUGAUGAAAUUUCUCUUAGAUCAAGAUAGUGCUCAAUGGCAACCAAUUAAUCAUUCAUGCGAUCCAAAUGUCUGGAUUGAUGGUUUUCAAUAUGUUGCGAGAAGACCGAUUCAUGAAGGUGAACAAUUAACUGUUGAUUAUUCAACAUACACAGUCUCAUCUCAUGAUUUUGAAUGUUGGUGUAAAUCACCUUUAUGUCAACGUCGAAUCCAACUAAAUGAAUACAAAGAAAAAUGGUUUCAAGAUCGAUAUGGAUCACAUACUACUUCUUACAUUCAAAUGCUUAUCGAAAUCGACAAGAUGAAAAAUAACAAAUUAUAA